UUUUUUUUUCUCAUUGUUAUUAUUAUUAUUAUUCGCUAUAUUACCGAUAAAGAAAAAUGGGUUGUUGCAAUUCAAAAAAUGACAUUAAUCAAGAUGAAGGACGUAUUCCUCGAAAUGCAAUAAAUCAAACUAAUAAUGAAAACAAUAUAAACAUUACGGAAAAUAAUAGUAAUAACGUACAUCAACAACAUCCAACUCCUCCUAUUGUUGUUACAAAAGCUAAUUCAAUAAAGUCAACUGAUUCAUCUUUAUUGCCACCAUCUACUUCAACUCAACCUAUUAAUCAGGAUGUGAAAAUACAACAACAUGGACAGGAAGAAGAUAACAAAGAGAUAGAAAAAUCUGUAGCAGAGGUAACUGAAGAUAAUGAACCACCUGCCUUUGUAACAACAGAAGAAGAAGAAGAAAAGGAAAGGAUUCAAGAAAUCCAACCUACUCAAAGUAUAUCAUCAUCAGAAUUGAAUAACACAACAACAGAGAUUCAUAAUACCACUUCAGAAGAAGAGCCUUGGACGAUAUUCAUCAGACGAACAAAUGCACCUACAAAUGAUAUCAAGAUUCAUAUUCCAACAAAAGAACCUUUCAUGACCGUCUCUGACUUGAAAAAGAGUGAUAAAAUACCUUUAGAACCUGAUCAACGCAUCAAAUUUAUUUAUCUUGGUCGUAUCUUGGAAGAUCAGUUUGCCUUUAUUCCUGCUUCUUCUUCUUCUUUUACAUCAACAAAAAAUUCGAUUAAAAUUGCAAAUCAUGGUGUUAUUCAAGCUAUGAUUUACAAGAAAUAACAAAUGUAUCAUAAAACAUGUACGUAACAAGGGUUUCAUUUUAAUAGAACAGAACUUGUAUUAAUAAAACCAAUAAAAUGCCAUUUUAUUUAUAUGGUUUUUUUUUUUUUUUUUUUUUUU